CAUUUAGUUACUAUCACAACCUAACGCUCAUUCCAGCUUGUUUUUCAUAUAUAAGUAAUUUACAAAGCAUCAAUUUUAUUGUAUUGUUAUGUGGUUUGUUGAACUAAAGAGACUUAACAAAAAGUUUACUUGUAUGUGAUACUUCGGACUUUUUCAUAUCUAUACCAAAAAAAGGUUAAAAUCUUCAAAAAUGCCGGUGAAAAUCCAUAACUCAUACAAUCCGAAUGAUAUAGUCAUUUCUGGAAUUUCGGGAACCUUUCCUCAAAGUGACAAUAUAGAAGAAUUUAAAAACCAUUUGUUUAGCGGAAAAGACUUGAUUUCUGAAGUUUCAAGAUGGGACAAACAAAAAGUAUUGGGAAGAAUGGGACCCAUGAAAAACAUAGAUCGUUUUGAUAACGAUUUCUUCAAAAUGGAUCAUAAAGAAGUAGAAAGCAUGAAUACUUCUACAAGAUUACUCCUCGAAAGAAUUUUUGAAGCAGUUAUAGAUGCAGGUUAUAAUUUGCAACAAAUCAACGGAAAAAACAUCGCUGUUAUUUGUGGCUUAUUUGAUAUCUUCGUGAAAAACAGCAAGACUCCAGAUGAGGAUGAUGAAAGUGCGACUUAUAUGAAGUACCAACCUACACCAGCAAACGCAAUUUCUCGUUGGUUUGGAUUGCAUGGACCCAGUGUUACAUUAGACAACGCUUGUUCAACUUCACAUCAAGCUAUAGAUUAUGCGAUCAAAGCUAUGAAAAAUGGAGACUGUGAAGCAGCAUUAGUGUGCGCCUCAAAUAUUUGCCUAGCACCACCACGUGAAUAUCUGAAAAUAGGAAUUCUUAGCCCCACUGGAAUAUGCCGGCCCUUUGAUGCGGAUGGAAAUGGAAUCACUAGAGCAGAGGCAUCAGUAGCAAUAUUUUUACAAAAAAGAAAAAAUGCUAGAAGAAUUUAUGCAACUUUAAUACAUUCAAAAUGCAAUCAUGACGGAUUCAAGGAAGAAGGAAUGGCAUGCCCAUCAGUUAAACCACAGAAACAGCUGUACGAAAGCUUUUACAAAGAAAUAAACGUUAAUCCAAAACUCGUCUCAUUUCUCGAAACUCAUGGUACUGGAACAAAGGUAGGAGAUGUUACAGAAGGAACUUCGGUAGAGGAAUUUUUCGGUGCUAACCGAGAAACACCGUUGAAAAUAGGCACAGUGAAAUCAAACAUGGGUCAUGGUGAAGCAGCUGCAGGUUUAUGCUCCUUGGCGAAAAUGAUUAUUGCAUUUGAACAAGGCACAAUUCCUCCAAAUAUAAACUUUGAUAAACCAAAUCCAAAUAUUAAGGGAUUACAUAAUGGAAAGCUCGAGGUCAUCAUAAAACCAACACCUGUAACAGGUGAAUAUUUUGCAAUAAGUUCCUUUGGAGUUGGAGGAAGCAGCGCGCAUAUUUUAAUUUCUCCUCACAACAAAACCAAAAAAAAUCAAGACGAAUUCACAGACAAUAGUUUACCUAAACUUGUUACUGUUUCUGGCCGUACUGAAGAAUCAUUAGACUGUUUCUUAAAUGAUUUGGAGAAAAAUCACAAAGAUUACGAAUACAUUCGUCUAAUUCACGAAAUUUUCAGUGAUGAUAUCGACGGAUACUUUCAUCGAGGAUAUAUAAUAUCAAAUCAAAAUGGGAACCACAUAAGAUCUAAAAAAUUUUUGCAAGAUGGAAAACGCCCUUUGUGGUUCAUCUUCAGUGGUGUAGGAUCUCAGUGGCUCACUAUGGGAGUAGCAUUGAUGAAGAUACCCCUUUUUGCUGAAUCUAUCUACAAGAUCCAUAAAACUUUAGAAUCAAGAGGAGUGAAUUUAUCAAGAAUACUUACAUCCAACGAUCCUCAAAUAAUGAGAAACGUUUUGAAUUCAUACGUAGGAAUCGUAGCUAUUCAAAUAGCUUUAAUUGAUGUGCUGGACGCUCUUGGGAUAACACCCGACGGAGUAAUAGGACAUUCCAUUGGAGAAAUAGCAUGCGCAUAUGCUGAUGGGUGUCUCACAGCUGAACAAACUAUCUUGAUUGCUUAUUAUUGUGGUUUAGUUUCGUUAGAGGCUGAAUUUAUUCACAGUUCAAUGGUCGUUGUUGGUCAAGGUUACAACGUCAUAAGAAAGCUGAUACCAUCACAAAUUGAUAUCACGUGUCAUAAUGGGCCCAACAGUUGCACAAUAUCAGGUCCAACAGAUAUUAUACAAGAAUUUAUCGAGGAAUUGAUAGAUAAACAAAUACCUGUUUAUGAAGUGCAAUCAUCAAAUAUCGCAUAUCAUAGCCGCUUCAUCGCUUCAUCGCCUUUAAAAUUGAUCUCGCAUUUCAAAAAAGUAAUCUUGGAACCGAAACUUCGUUCAGAAAAAUGGCUCUGCACAUCAGCAUUGGAAAAUCUUUGGUGUACAGAUGAACUAAGAUACUGCUCUCCACAGUAUUUUACAAAUAGUUUCCUUAACCCAGUAUACUUUGAAGAAACUUGUAGGCAUAUUCCAAACAAUGCUAUAGCGAUUGAAAUAGGGCCUUAUGGAUACCUCAAUGAUGUUCUGAAAUGUUCACUUCCCUGUGCAGAAAACAUACCAUUAACAACAAGAAGUCGUGAAAAUGGAGUACUUUUUUUCUUGAAUGCUCUAGGACAAAUGUAUGAAGCAGGAUGUGCUUUAAAACUCGAUAAUCUCUACCCACCGGUUGAAUUUCCAGUCAGUAAAACAACACCAAUGAUCUCGCCUUUUAUUAAAUGGCAGCAUGACAAAGAGUGGCCAGUAGGAUUAAUGAAAAAUGAGAAUAAUUCUCUAUCUACAGUUCGAUAUGUUAAUGUGAAUUCAAAAUCAAUCGUUUCUGAAUUCAUCACUGGUCACAUUAUUGAUGAAAGAAAUUUAUAUCCAGGGUUUGGAUAUUUAGAAUUAGUUUGGGACGUCGUUGCAGAUAUGAUGAACAAAAAAGCAAAUGAACUUUCCAUUGUUUUUGAAAAUAUACGUUUUGAACGAGCUACUAAUAUUCCUAAACAAGGUGCCGUUAAAUUUUGCAUUACAGUGCACCUUGGUGAAGGUACAUUUGAAAUAACUGAAAGCGGGGCUCUUGUAGCAUUAGGAAAUGUACGAAUUCCAAACAACAUCAGUCACGAAGCAUUCAAUAUGGAACCUUUUGAAGAUGAAAUAUCCAAUUCUCAGAUACUCCCUCUGAAUACAAAAGAUUUUUACAAAGAACUAAGAUUGAGAGGAUAUCAAUACAAAGGAAUGUUUAAAAAAGUUGUGUACGCUAAUGCCACAGGGACUUACGGAAAAGUAAUAUGGAAUGAUAAUUUUACAACUUUCAUGGAUACAAUGGCGCAGAUUUCAGUUGUGCAUGUUGACUGUCGCCAACUUUUAGUGCCUACAUCCAUAAGAAAACUUGUCAUUGAUGUAAAUAAACAUAACAAAAUGAUUGCAACUUUGGAUAAAGAAAACCCUGAGGUUUCAGUCAAUUUUUAUCCUUCGAUUGGGCUAAUAAAUUCCGGUGGAGUACAAAUUAUGGGAUUUGGAACUAAUGACAUUGUACGUCGUCCAGAUAAAGCAGACCCAGUUUUGGAAAUGCAUACAUUUGUACCAUUCAUAUGUGAAGAGGAGAUGGAUUUGAAUCUAGUCAUAAGAUUAUGUGUUCAUAUUGCAUUGGAAAACCUGCCCACUCUACAAGUCAGGACUUACGAAUUAUUAGACCAAGAAUACAAUAAAGAUGCUUCAGUUUCAAAUAUUAUAGAGAAAACGCUGGCCGAUUUACCUUUAAUUCAAGCAAGUGUAAAUAUACUAACGAAUUCAGAAAUCAUAAAAGAAAAUGAAAACGAAAAUGAAAAAGAAUGUUGCAACGGCAACGGAGUAAAGAUAUUGAAAGAAAAUCUGCCUGAAGACAAUAGUAGCUUAAUUAUCUUCGUUCCAAAUAUUCAAACCAAAAUCGAUCUCCUGGAAAAAAUUUUCCGGACCUUGAAGGAAGAUGGUUUUAUUAUCACAAAAGAAUCUCGGAAUGAAAACAGAUCUUUUAUCGAUUUAGGAUUAGAUGUAUGCUUUAGUCGCCCAAUUAACCUUGAAGAGAAAAUUUUACUUCUCAGAAAAAUCAAGGAGAAAAAAUAUGAUACCAAAACUAUAAAAAUGAACAAUGAUUCGUUUGGUUGGAUAUCUGAGGUGCAAACCGCUCUAAUUGAUAUUAAACCACAAGAAGGUGAAAAAUUAAUUAUAUACGCCGAAAAAGAACCUACGAGUGGAAUACUGGGCUUUCAUAACUGUUUGCGAAAAGAAGAAAAAGGAUCUUCAACAAGGUGUUUCUUUAUAGUAGAUAAAAACGCUCCAGAUUUCACAUUGGAAAAUUCAUUUUAUAAAUCUCAACUUGACAAAAAUCUAUCACAAAAUGUUUUCAAAAAUGGAAAAUGGGGGAGUUAUCGCCACUUACCAGUUGAAACAGUCAAAGAAAUAGAAGUAAGAAGUGCAUUUUGUGAAGCGCAAAAACGUGGAGAUUUUUCAUCUUUCAAGUGGCUUGAAGACAGUAUGGACCCCGCCAUGUAUGAAAAUUCAACUGAAAAAUCUCUCGUUCACGUGUACUUUAGCAGUCUUAAUUUUCGAGACGUUAUGCUAGCUAUUGGAAAAGUUUCAGUGACCAAUUAUCGUGAUUUAUACAGUCGUUUGCGCGAAGGCCAUCAAGGAUUAGAAUAUUCUGGUAAAGAUGCAAAUGGACGGCGUUUAAUGGGAAUAAUACCCACUAAAGGCAUAGCUACAAUGGUCGAGACAUUACCCGAUUAUACCUGGACAGUACCCAACUGGAUGUCUUUAGAAGCUGCUGCUAGUAUUCCAGUCGUAUAUUGCACAGUGAUUUAUGCCCUGUUUUUCAAAAUUCAGUUGAAAAAGGGAUCUUCUAUACUUAUACAUGCUGGCACAGGUGGUAUUGGUCAAGCCGCUAUCAAUAUAUGUCUUCACUAUGGGUGCAACAUUUUUACAACAGUUGGCACACCCGAAAAAGUUGAAUUCAUUAAAAAAAAUUUCCCUCAAAUACCUGAGAGCCAAAUUUGCAAUUCUCGAGACACAUCAUUUGAGAUACAGAUAAUGAAUAAAACAAAUGGUAAAGGAGUUGAUGUAGUUCUCAACAGUUUGUCAGAAGAAAAACUCAAGGCCUCAUUACGUUGUGUUGCCAAGGGAGGGCAUUUUCUGGAAAUUGGAAAAUAUGAUAUAUUUCGAAAUAAUCGUAUAGAUAUGGGUUCCUUUUUAAAAAACAUCACAUUUUAUAGUAUACAACUAGAUGCUCUAAUGAUGAAAAAAACUAACAACACUCAGAAUUUCCAAAAAAAGCUACAAGAAAUGUUGGAUCAGAAAAUAGUGAAACCAAUCCAUAGGACAAUUUUUCAAAAUGAUGAAGUAGAAUCAGCUUUUAGAUUCAUGGCAGCUGGAAAGCAUAUAGGAAAGGUUAUGAUUAAAAUACGAGAUGAGGAAGAAGAUUUACAUGCAAAGCCUGUCUUACUUCAUAUAAAAGCAACAGCUCGUGUUCUUUGUGAAAGAAACAAAUCGUACAUCAUCAUUGGAGGUCUUGGAGGAUUUGGCUUGGAACUUGCUGAUUGGUUAAUUCUACGAGGAGCUCGUAAUAUUGUACUUAGUUCUCGAACUGGGAUAAAAAAUGGUUAUCAAUCUUAUAGAGUGAAAUUAUGGCGCUCGUAUGGAGUCAAUGUUGAGAUUUAUACUGACAAUGUUACAAAGGAAGAAGGGGUGAAAAAUCUGUUGCUAAAAGCCAAUUCCUUGGGACCAGUAGCAGGCAUAUUUAACGUAGCCUUAAUUCUAAAAGAUGACCCAUUUCCAAAACAAAGCGAUGAAACAUUUGAAUUAGUUGCUGGACCAAAAUCAACUGCCACUGUUCAUCUGGACAAACUAAGUAGAAAAUUAUGUCCAUACCUGGAACACUUCGUGAUUUUCUCUAGCGUUAGUUGCGGACGAGGAAACUUGAAUCAGACAAAUUAUGGAUUUGCGAAUUCUAUAAUGGAAAGAAUAUGCGAACAGAGAAAUUUAGAAAAUUUAUCUGCUUUGGUGAUUCAAUGGGGUGCAAUAGGAGAAGUUGGAGUGGUGGCUGAUUUCGCUGAGGAUAAUUUAAACAUUGUUAUUGGAGGAACAUUACAACAGAAUGUGAGAUCUUGUUUAGAUUCGUUGAAUUUGUUCAUGAAACAAUCAAAUCCAAUUGUGUCCAGUAUAAUUGUUGCAGAAAAGCGACACGCAGAUUCUGACAUUAUCAAUACUAUAGCCAACAUUUUAGGCAUUAAAGAUCUUAAAACAAUAAGUCUAACAUGGACAUUGCCGGAAUUGGGAAUGGAUUCAAUUAUAGGAUUAGAAAUAAAACAAAUUUUAGAAUCGGAAUUCAAUACGUUCUUUGGUCCAGAUGAUUUACGAACCAUGACCUUUGCAAAAUUAUAUAAGCUCAAAGAAGAAAAAAAGAAUUCGAAAUCAGGAGGAAUUGGCCCAAUAAACCCGCAGUUUCAAAAUGUUAUUUUGGAUGUUGAAUUGAUGAAACAGCCAAUUCUUCAUAUACCAAUAAAUCACCAAGAGAUUCAAAAAACAACUCCGGCCUUGUUCAUUUUCCCAGGUGUAGAAGGAUUAGCAACAUUCAUGGAACCUCUUAUGAAAAAUUUAUCACUUCAAGCAUGGUGCUUUCAAUACUUUGACGAUGAACUUCCUUUGGAUUCUUUUAAAAAACUAGCUGAAUACUUUGUCAAACUCAUCCUGGAAAAAAUUGGCCCUGAUGAAGAAUUUUGCGUCAUUGGUUAUAGUUUAGGAGGGUUGUAUGCUUUAGAAACAAUUGGUAUUUUAGAAAAAAUUGGUAGAAAAGGGUAUUUAUGGUUAAUUGACUCGUCACCUUUAUUCUUUGCAAUGAAAAAAGUGGACUACUACAACAAAAAUAAGCUCGAGUCUAUUGAGGACAAAACCAUGCAAAAUCACGUAUGUAAUCAGAUACUUAAAUCCCUGGCACCAGGAUUGGCUACAGAAGAAUAUUUUGCGUUCAUUGAAAAAGCCACCAGCUGGGAGUUGAAGAAAAAAGCAGUCUUUUCACUAAUGUCACACAUACCCGUCAACGACGAAAUCAAGAACAAUAUUCUUGAUAGAAGUUAUCAUUUGAAUAAAAUGAUACAAGAUUAUGAAUAUUGUAGUAGAGACCUCGAAACGAAAUGCACGUUCAUAAGAACUGAGGAGAAUCUGUAUGAUCUGGAUGAGUCUUAUGGGCUGAAUGAGUACUUCAAAAAUCCUGUGCAAGUUCACAAAAUCGCAGCGAACCACGAUACAAUUUUAGAAAACCAAAGAACGGCUGAUAUUAUCAUGGAUUGUCCGGUUUGGAGAAACAAAUGAUGUACACGAGACUAAAUAUUUCAAACUUAUAGGUACUUAUUCGUAUAGGUAGUUGUAAUUGAUUCAUUUUAAUUACACAUUAAAAGUUAUUUCUUUA